GCUGGAGCCACCUUGAACCCCCGCCUUUGCUGCGUCGACUUGACAUGCUUUGCACAUUGGACACGCUAGCUUGAGCCCCUGAUAACAAGCGCUUGCAAGUCGACGAUAGGAGGAGAUGGCUCUGCUUCACCUCCCAAGGCUUCGUUUUUCCAUGCUAACCUCGUCGCAUUCUCUCUCUUCCCACUUCAAUCCCUUCACAAGCCACAAAUUUCCCUGCAAAAAUACCUUCUUUAUCAACACUUGCACAGUCUUUCCUGCACCCAAAUCCACCCUCACCACCUCCGAACCCAUACCUAUUAGUCACUUCCCAGAAACUCCGGUUGAGGACCACAUAGAAUUUUCACUAGAGAAGCUUUUUGUGCCCCCUGAGACCGAUGUCUCGAGCGAUAGUGCUAACUUGAGCACUAGAAUUUUGAAGGGCUCUAACAUUGUGCUUAGCAAGUACGCCAGGGAUGCACAGGUAUUGCAAGCUGAAUUUGUCAAAAGCAGUGUAAGAACUGAGGAUUGCCCUUCUGAUGGGCUUCCCGAAUUUGCGCUUGUUGGACGAUCCAACGUGGGAAAAUCUUCAUUGCUCAAUUCGCUUGUGCGGCGCAAGAAGUUGGCGCUAACAUCAAAGAAACCCGGUAAGACACAGUGCAUUAACCAUUUUCGGAUCAAUGAUAGCUGGUAUCUGGUUGAUUUGCCUGGAUAUGGGUAUGCUGCUGCUCCUCAAGAGCUUAGAACAGAUUGGGCAAAGUUCACUAAGGAUUAUUUCCUUAACCGAUCAGCUUUAGUUUCAGUAUUCCUUCUAAUUGAUGCUAGCAUCCCUGCAAAACAAAUUGAUCUUGAGUAUGCCAGUUGGUUGGGUCAGAAUCAGAUUCCGAUGACAUUAAUCUUCACCAAAUGUGACAAGCGAAAGAAGAAAAAGAAUGGAGGCAAAAGACCAGAAGAAAAUGUAAACGAUUUUCAGGAGUUGAUUCGCGGUUUCUUCCAGACAGUGCCCCCUUGGAUAAUGACUAGCAGUGUCACUAAUCAGGGCCGUGAUGAAAUACUACUCCAUAUGGCCCAGCUACGAAAUUACUGGCUCAAGCACUAGAUAGUCAUGUAGAACGUCAUGUUUCUGAACGUAAAUGCUAUGGACUAUGGAGGGAGGUUCCCGGCCUAUUCAUGCAUUGGCGAAUAAUUACUGUAAUGACCAGGCACCUUCAGGUCCUGUUCAACUGACAGGGAGGUUAGACACAGAAACGUUGGAGCCAAGUUUGUUCCUUGAACGGAGGGCCUUUUCAGCGACACGAUUUCCAGCUCUAUUUUUUUCUCUCUCUCACAAUACCAGAUAUAUACGUAUUGUAAGUUCUAAUUUCCAAGGUUGAGAAAUUCAGAUGGAUGGGAUUUUAUAUCAGGAA